AAGCUGGCUUACAAUAAAUUGUGGUGUCUAAGCACUUGGCAGUCAUAAACCGUAAUGCUGUCUGGCGACUCAUUGGAAAGUUCUAACGCUUUUUGUAACGCGGAGCACCUCACUUCCCGAUCCAUCAUGUCCCACAGCUCAACAUCUCGUGCGCAUUUACAACGUCGUGGCGCAGUGGUUGGAUUGGCCAACCGCAUGAAGCGUGCUUUGUCCCUUGCCGAGUUGAGCGAUGUGCAGUUUGCCGUGGGACGGGAAUGCGAUGACGGGGAAAUAAAGAUCUUCCAGGCACACAAGAACAUCUUGAGCCUGAGCAGCGAUGUGUUCCAUACUAUGUUCUACGGGAGUAUGCCCGCCAGUACUCAAGAGCCAAUCGACAUUCCUGAUAUUCUUCCGGAAGCCUUUGCUAUCAUGCUCAGCUAUGUGUACACCGAUUCCGUGGAGGAUUUCAAUGCGCAGAACGUGUUUCCCACUUUGCGCUGUGCCGAUAAGUACGAUUUACCAGUGCUGAUGGACCGUUGCUGUGAAUACAUUCUGCACCAUCUCAAUACCGACAACUGUCUGAUCACGCUGGAAAACGCCAACCGCUGGAGCCCGGAUUUCGACAGCAUUGUGGAGAAAUGUCUGGAUCUGGUGGACGCUUCGGAUGGAGCCGUUUUUCAAUCGGAGCCCUUCACUGCGCUGAGCCUAGACAGCCUGCAAAUGAUCCUCCAGCGCCCGACACUGGCGGCACCCGAGAUCGUCAUCUACAAAGCCGUCGAGAAAUGGGCUGCCGGGGAAUGCAAACGUCACAAUAUGGAUCUAUCCACCGCCAACCGGCGUCAGAUGCUAGGCGAUGCAUUGUUUUUGGUUCGUUUUCCGCUGCUGACCGAUGCCGAACUGGCCGGCGGUCCUGUCAAGAAUGAAUUACUGCUGCCACCGGAGCUGUGGGAUAUCUACCUGUACAAGCACACCACGGAGCAGCCGGCGCUGCCCUUUGCGACUGAACCGCGUCGCUUCGUGCAGCACCGCAUUGGAGACGUCGUUUUUAAAGACAAAGAGGCUAUUUUUGUGGAAGAAUACAACGGCGACGGCUACUGGUACCCGGCAGAAGUAAUCGGAGAGCGAGGAGGGAAAUGUGUCGGUCGGUGGUUGCACACGCGCUGGGAAGGUCCCAUAGCGGUGGAGAGGUUGAUCCGUGCGGCGGAUGUUCUGCAGCGGGGCCUUCAGUUACGACCGCUUCUGUGGGGAAUGCUGGUCGGGGCUACCUACUGCCACUACCGCGGAGGUCAGCACGUGGUGGAAGUCGACGGAAAUGAGAGAUUCGCCAAGGUUGAGGAGAUGGUGCUGCCCAAAGAAGUGGGCGCGGCGUGGAAGGCAGCCCACGAAUAAAGAACCAAGGGAAUUUGAUUUCGCUCGCUGAAAACACGUAUAUGAUACUUGCCGCACGCUGCGUGCACUUGCAUAUGUGUAUCAUUUCAUUAAGUCCAUUUUGUUGUUUUUCUUUUUCUCCUUGCUUUCCUCUGUCAGCGUUGUAAAUCCAGUUCUAGUUAGCGAUUAAACCUUUUAUUCCCUGAUUUUA